CUCUAUCUCUCAAGCACUCUUUCUUAAUCUCUAUCUUCUCUAUCUCUCUCUCUCUCAAUCUCUCUUUCUCAAUGGCGGAGCGAUACUACCAAGGGGAGGAUCCACACUAUCGACACAUGAAAGAGGCAAAGAGAUAUAUGGACCGACUUUAUGCCGUAGCCGAUUCUGAUUGGGGCAUUCCUCUUCAAUGUCCGUGUGGUGAACAUAUCGUUGAGGAGACAUCUCCAACGGAAAUUGAGAAGAAGAGAUACUUUACUUGUGUUCACUAUAAGGAUGAUGGGUUACACAAGCGCAAAUAUUGGGUUGAUGCAAUUGAGGAGGAUGCCAAAAGCUUGAGGAAGGACGUGGAAGAGCACACAACUAGAUUGAGAGAAUACGCAAAUCAUGACUUCCUUAUCUCUCAAAUGAAGUUGCAGCUGGAAGGCAAUGCAAAAGAGAUUUCCUACCUCAAGGACGUAGUGUCAAGCCUUGUGGGUCGAAUUGAGCUCUUAGAAAAAAUUAGCUUUAAGUAAUUAAUUUGUUGUUUAAUUUGCUUUAGUUUAAUUUGCUUUAGUUUAAGUCUAUGUUGUGUGUGUUUUAAUUAUAUGUGAAAUCUAUGUAGUGUGUGUUGCAAUUAUAUCUUAUAUUUUUGUGCAGUCAAGUUUUACUCAGUUUUACUAGUAUUACUAUGCCAAACCGUAGUCAA